AGGGAAGGGGCCGGGCUGCGGCGGCGAUGGGGGCGCGGGUGGCACCCCCGGGACCCCCCCGGCCGUAGCGGGCGCUGAGCGAGGGCACCGCGGCGCCGAGGGAGCAGCCUGGAGCCCGAGGAGCGCAGCAUGGAGCCGCCGGCCGUGCCGGAGCAGCAGGAGGAGGAGGAGGAGGAGGAGGAGGGGGCGGUGCCCCUCUCCAUGGCGCCCGGCCCCGUGGGCUGCCAGCUCUUCGGAUACGUGGGAAUCGAAGCCGUGCUCGACCAGAUGAAAAUCAAAACCAUGAAGACAGGCUUUGAGUUCAACAUCAUGGUUGUGGGGCAGAGCGGGCUGGGGAAGUCCACCAUGGUGAACACCCUCUUCAAGUCCAAGGUGAGCCGCAAAUCCUCGCAGCCCGGCCACGAGGAACGCAUUCCCAAAACUGUGCAGCUGCAGUCCAUCACCCACAUCAUCCAGGAGAAGGGGGUGAAGAUGAAGCUGACGGUGACCGACACGCCAGGCUUUGGGGACCAGAUCAACAAUGACAACUGCUGGGACCCCAUCAUCAAAUACAUCAACGAGCAGUACGAGAGGUACCUGCGGGAGGAGAUCCUCAUCACCCGCAAGAGGAAGAUCCCGGACACCCGAGUCCAUGGAUGUGUCUACUUUGUGCCCCCCACAGGUCACUGGCUGCGCCCGCUGGACCUGGAGUUCAUGCGGCGGCUCAGCAAGAUCGUCAACGUGGUGCCGGUGAUCGCCAAGGCCGACACGCUCACCCUGGAGGAACGGGCAGAAUUCAAGCAGAGGAUCCAGGAGGACCUGAGGACCCACGCCAUCAGCGUGUACCCGCAGGAGGACUUCGACCAGGACCCCGAGGACAGGGCACUGAACAACAGGAUUCGUGAGAAGAUUCCCUUCGCCGUGGUGGGGGCAGACCAGGAGCACCAGGUGAAUGGCAAGCGGGUGCUGGGCCGCAAGACCAAGUGGGGCAUCAUCGAAGUGGAGAACCCGGCCCACUGCGAGUUCCCCCUGCUGCAGGACCUGCUGAUCCGGUCACACCUGCAGGACCUGAAGGACAUCACCCACAACGUCCACUACGAGAGUUACCGCGUGCGGCGGCUGAACGAGAGCAACCGGCCGGGGCUGGGCCCCCUCAACGGGCUGCCCGCCAAGGGCGAGGCCAGCAGCCACCUCUGAGCCACCCUGUGCCCCCAGAGCACCGCUGCACCCAUGGCAGUGCCCACCCCUGCCAACCAUGGCUGUGCCAGGAACCUGCCUGGGGUGAAGAGCCCCCCCAGGAGUGCCCACCUGCCCUGACAUGGGUCCCUCAUCCCCAAGCUCUGCCAUGGGCACAGACCCCCGGACCCUGUGUGACAUUAAAGGUUAAUCCAGA